AUGUUGGAGGUGGCUGCGGUGUCCCGGAAUGUGGUUUCUUACAUCUGCCAGGUUCUCCACAAUAACCUGUGGCCGCAAGGACUUGGAAGGAAUCCCAUGCUGGUGGCAUUGAAUGUCACUACCACCCUAAGCUUCUUCGCCAGUGGCUCCUUCCAGGGCUCCACCGAGGACUUGUGCAGCAUUUCCCAGUCAGUCAACUAUGGACAACAAAUCAACAUUACCAGACCAAUAGACGGAUUUUCAGAAAAGAUUUUUGAUACACUAGAUAAAAAGCCAGAAACUGAAUAUGAGCAUUCAGUGAUUUGUUCGGUCAGUGGAAGUCAGUACAUCACGACCUUUGAUGGGACUCGUUAUUAUUUCAGUGGAGGAUGCAUUAAUACCUUAGUGACAACUGACUUGUUCACUGUCUCCCUUGGCACAAACACGUGUGAAGAGGCUGACAAUGGUAACUGUAUUGAAUAUGUCACUCUGACAGUCAAGGCAAUUGGAAUAUCAAUAACGCUUACUAAAACUGGCCGUGCCUUUCUUGGAAAAAAUGAAACUGAACUUCCCUUUGUCUAUGGGUCAGCCACUACCUUGAGUGUUCAUCUGGCGUCCUCGAUAUUCCUGGAGAUAAUGAGUAUGACCGGUGUUCACAUCCAGUAUGAUUUCAAGGGAGGUAGAAUCUACAUGAUUCUCCAGCCAAAUAUGGUGAUAGAAACCCGGGGGCUCUGUGGAACAUACAAUAGGAAUCAAUUGGAUGAUUUCAUGUCCUCAAGUAACCAGAUUGAAUCUGUUCCGAUGGCCUUUGUGAACUCCUGGAAAGGAAGUACAGAGUGUGCUGAUUCACCUUUGUUUCCAGUGCAUAAACCUUGUAACGUUAACCAUCAAAAAGAAUCAUAUGCAACAGAGAAAUGCAGCAUCAUCAGAAGUAAAAUAUUUAAGAAUUGUCAUUUCAUCAGUCCAGAACCAUUCUAUGAUCAGUGCAGACGUGAUGUUUGCAGCUGUUCAGACUCUGAAACCUGCCUGUGCACAGCUCUAGCUCACUAUGCUCAUGUGUGUCUCCUGCAUGGAGCCUUUAUUGACUUCCGAGUUGCAAUUCCUGAAUGCACAAUGAAUUGCACUGGGAAUAUGGUGUAUACUUUAACCAACCAUGCAUGCAAAAGAAACUGUUACUACCUCAGUACAGGAAGUAGCUGUCUCAAACUUCCAUCAUCAGGCCACUUGGAAGGAUGCAACUGUCCUGAGAACAUGUACUUCAAUCCACACAUUAAAAACUGUGUUGCCAACAUGUAAGA